CUUGAUCCUCUCCUUUGCCCAAAGAACCCAAGGAUCACAGCAUCCACCCAUUGUGCAGCUUAACGGCAAACAUCCCUCCAGCGCAGCACCUCCAUUCAGCAGCUAUGUCGGCCCAGAUUCCCGACAUCAUUGCGCCUUUUGUCAGCGACAAGGCCCGCAAGACUAUCGACAUUGUCGCCAAGUUUGUAGAGGAGGACUGUAUCCCAGCAGACCCAGUCAUCGACGCCCAGCUCGGCCAGGGCGAUGCACGAUGGGACGCCCACCCCCAACUGAUCGAGGACCUCAAGGACAAGGCCCGCAAACUCGGCCUGUGGAACAUGUUCCUCCCCGCCGGCCACUACAAGGAGUCUCCCGGCUUCACCAACGUUGAGUACGGCCUCAUGGCUGAGUGGCUCGGCCGCUCCAAGAUUGCUUCCGAGGCGACAAACUGCGCGGCUCCCGACACUGGCAACAUGGAGGUCCUUGCCAAGUACGGCAACGAGGAGCAAAAGGCCGAGUGGCUCAAGCCCUUGAUGGAUGGCAAGAUCCGUUCCGCUUUCCUCAUGACCGAGCCCGGCGUCGCGUCUUCUGACGCCACCAACAUUGAGCUGAACAUCCGCCAGGAGGGCAAUGAGUGGGUUCUGAACGGCAGGAAAUGGUGGUCGAGUGGUGCCGGAGACAAGCGCUGCAAGAUCUACAUUGUCAUGGGCAAGAGCGACGCCAACAACAAGGACGUCUACAAGCAGCAGUCCAUCAUCCUCGUGCCCGCCAACACCCCUGGCAUCAAGAUCUGCCGCAUGCUCAGCGUCUACGGCUACGACGACGCCCCCCACGGCCACGGCGAGAUCAGCUUUGAGAACGUCCGCGUGCCGCUCAAGAACAUUGUCCUUGGCCCCGGCCGCGGGUUUGAGAUUGUCCAGGGUCGCCUCGGCCCCGGCCGCAUCCACCACGCCAUGCGCUCCAUUGGUGCUGCUGAGCGCGCUCUUGACUGGAUGCUGAUGCGCAUCAACGAUCCCAAGAAGACACCCUUUGGCAAGAAGCUCAGGGAGCACGGCGUCAUCCUGGAAUGGGUGGCCAAGUCGCGGUUGGAGAUUGACGCCGCCCGGCUGAUCGUUCUCAACGCCGCCGUCCGCAUGGACAAGCUCGGCCCCAAGGCGUCGCUCAAGGAGAUUGCCGAGGCCAAGAUCCUCGUACCCCAGAUGGCCCUCACCGUCAUCGACAGAGCCGUCCAGGCCUUCGGUGGCGCCGGCGUGAGCCAGGAUACUCCUCUGCCCGCCUCAUGGGCUGGCAUCCGCACGCUCAGGCUGGCCGACGGCCCCGACGAGGUACACCUCCAGCAGAUGGGCCGCAACGAGAACAAGAGGGGAGCCGAGGUCACCAAGCGGAUCGAGGCGCAGAAGCUCAAGUCUGAGCAGAUCUUCAAGCAGCUGGGUGUUGCCAAGGCCCAGCUCGGAUCGAACAUCAAGCCCAGACUGUAGAGGUCGUUGGGAAAAGAAAAUGUGUUUAGCUUGCAAGUUUUGUAUAUUCUACCAGCUUCGUA